UGGAAAACAAGAGAAAGCGACGUGCAAGAUUUACGGGCGCUGGAGAAAAAAAGAGAAGUAUCACAAAAAUUUAAAGAAAAGAAUCCUGAGGCAAACAAAAGAGCUGUAAAGAGGCAUUUUGAUAGGAAUCCCGAUGCUAAUAAAAUGUGUUGCGCUAAUGGAAAGGUUAUGUUGCCCGGAUUCAAAGAAGCACCCGAGCCUUUAAGUGAUCUUUCUUACAAAAUAAAUGAAUCAAGUGGCAAAGAACUGCAAAAGCAAUCGAAGAAUUUUCUAAAAAAUGCAAGAAAGUAUAAUGGAUGUUUCCAAAGGACUUCGUUCGGCAGUAAGGAAGUGAGAGAAGAAAAUUUUAUGCCAACUUUUAAGAUCCAAGGACAAAUAUAUCAUAGGAUUGGCAGUCUUUUGCCAUUAGAAGAUCAACCACCUGUAUUUCUUCAAAUAUAUUUUGUAGGAAACGAUGAAGAAGAGGUGAAUAUUAGGUGCAAUCAUUCCACAGGAGUGGAUAAAAGAUUAGUUUAUCAAAUACAAAAGGCUCUUCAUGAGCAUAAUUCAUAUAUCAAAGAGUUUAAAGCAGCUAUUGAACGAAAAUCAACAGGAGAAAAUUUUCAAAUUGUAAUUAAUCCUGAUAAACGACCUGCUGGUGAAUAUAGAGGACGAUUUAAUGCACCAACUGCAGAUGAAGUGGCCUUAGUCAUUGUUGGACAAUCUUUUGAAAAGCGCGACAUUAUUAUUCAAAGCAAAGAUAAUAAGUUUGUGCGCAUUCCUGAAACGCAUCGCUCUUAUGAUGCAUUACAGUACUUAUUGAUAAUAAUAAUAAUAUGAAACGCCAGAAAAAUACGAGAAAACCGUUUCUGGUGGGUAAAAAAUAGAAAACAUGACACAACAAAAAAAGUAACUACUUAAAAUGGAUAAACUGUAAAAAAAGAAAAGGAUAAAAGAAGAUAUAAAGAACUUAGAAAAAAAUUAAUUUUGGGAAAAAUAAGUUUGGGAUAGAAAUUGUACAGAAAUAGGAACAUAUAUAGGAGGAAAAAAAUGCACUGAAGCAUGGAAAUUCCUAACAAAUAUCAGAAAUUAGCAGGUGGGCCCGGCGUUGCUCGGGCAAAAGUAACGAUAACUAAGAUAAAGAUU